AUGUACCGGCCUUCGACCUCCAAAGACGGGGAGCGGACCCCCCUAGUAGCCCCCACCUACGUAUUCGAGUCCAGCUUAUCCAGGAGUUACCAGAAACGACUGAGGAACUUUCAGUGCGCAUGCUGCGCUAGUCUUUUGAUAAUUCUCGCGAUAACACUUCUUGUAACAGUCUCCUACAACCUUGGCUUCGACGAUAGCGACACCACAGAAGUGGCGUCAGAAGUGCCAACCACCUCAUCAUCAAUUACUUCACCACCCACCACCGCGCCUCCAAACCUUGUGGUGACGUCACAGGCACCGGUCGUAGUUGGCAAUUUGACACUGAGGAUGUCUCCAGGAAAUCCCAGCUAUGUAAUGCCAGUGCCCGUGGUGUUAAGUAAUCUAACGUUAUCACCAGAGUUAAAGCCUUUGAUGGAGAAGAAGUGGCCUUUAGCAGGUCGUGAACCUCGUCAAUGGAGCGGCAAAAAUGACACCGAGAACAUAGAAGCAGCCGUCGAAUAUGGGAAGAGAGCGCUUAAGAAGAGAACGGAAGUAGAGAGCAAGAGGAGACCGCUAGAGAUAGAUACACCAGCUAACAGGGCGCAGAGGGCGGCCGCCACGUCUGGAGAAGUGAAGCCACUGGCUGACGCAGCGUAUGCCGCUGAACAGGCAACCAGAUUACUGGUUAACAGCACAAACAGUCAACAUGGAACCAGCGUCGGCGUUGGUCCACCCACCAACGGUUCCUUCCCCGAGCCUGCGUACUGUCUAACAGAUCCACCUCCGUGCCAACCCUCGAAGUAUAGGUCUAUGGAUGGAACCUGCAAUAAUCUGGACAAUCCACUGAGAUGGGGCGUUUCCAGGACUCCGUUCAGGAGGGUUUUGCCGGCUAAUUAUGGUGAUGGCAUCAGUUCCCCGCGAACAGGCACUGACGGUUCUCCUCUGCCCAGUGCGCGCGACGUCAGCGUGACGGUACACCGACCCAGCUACGCUCACGACACCACCUUCACGGUCAUGUUGGCUGUGUGGGGGCAGUUCAUUGACCACGACAUUACUGCCACUGCUCUCAGCAAAGGAGAGAACAGCAGCUCACUAUCCUGUUGUGACCCCACCCAGCCUCCACACCCGGAAUGCUUCCCCGUACAACUAGACGUGGAGGACCCCUUCUACCAGGACUACAACCUCACGUGCAUGGAGUUCGUUAGGUCUGCGCCCGCGCCUACCUGUCAUUUUGGUCCCCGUGAACAGAUGAACCAAGCAACAGCCUUCAUCGACGGCUCCACGGUCUACGGUUACGGGCCGAUCAGAGCCUCGCAGCUUCGGAGCGGGACAGCCGGGAAACUGAAGAUGUUGAGGGUGGGCGCGAGGGAACUUCUGCCGCCGUCUACGGACCUCAACGAUGGGUGUAACACCGCCGAGAUGAAUGCGCAAGGACGAUACUGCUUUGAAACAGGUGACGACCGCGCCAAUGAGAACCUCCAUUUAACCACCAUGCACCUGAUCUGGGCCAGGCAACACAACCGGCUGGCAGACGCUCUGGCCAAGCUCAACCCGACCUGGGACGACGACACCGUCUACUUCGAGGCCAGGAAGAUACUCGGAGCCCAGAUGCAGCAUAUCACAUAUACUGAGUUCUUGCCGGCUAUUCUUGGUAAUGACGUGAUGUGGGCUUUGAACCUGACUGUGGAGGAGGAAGGUUAUGCUGCCGUGUACGACCCCUCAGUGGACCCUUCAGUUGCCAACCACUUCGCAGCAUCAGCCUUCAGAUUCGCACAUACACUCUUACCAGGUCUAAUCCACUCGGUGGACGCGAGCACGGGCACCGUCAACUACGUGCAACUCCACCAGAUGCUGUUCAACCCGUACGCGCUGUACAAGAGCAAGGGGCCGAAGAACGCCGUCAACUCCGCGCUGAACACACCCGUGCACGGUGUGGGCCCACAUGUCACCACCGAGCUUAACAACCACUUAUUCGAGCGUACAGUCACAGUCGAGGGUAACAGCACGGCACCAGCCAAGAAGCCUGGUCCCUGCGGCCUCGACCUGGUCUCACUGAACAUCCAGCGCGGGAGAGACCACGGCUUGCCGCCGUACCCAGAGUGGAGGGAGCAUUGUGGGCUCUCCAGGCCGAGGAACUUUACUGAUCUGGCAGCCAUCUUUGAUGAAUCAUCUCUGACCAGAAUCUGCAAGAUUUAUAAAUCUGUAGAUGACAUAGACCUGUACACGGGAGCGCUAGCAGAAGACCCUCACGGGAGACUGCUGGGGCCGACCCUGAGCUGCCUCCUCGCAGACCAGUUCCUGAGGCUGAAAGUCGGGGACCGCUUCUGGUAUGAAACCAACGAUACAACUGUCGGAUUCACUAUUGAACAACUGACAGAGAUUCGUAAAACCACUCUUGCCGGGGUGAUCUGCGUCAACGAAGUACUCCUGGACCAGGCUCAGCCCAGGGUGAUGGAAGCGGUCAGCCCCACAAACCCACUGGUGGACUGCAUGGAGCUGCCGCAACCCUCGCUGAAACCAUGGAAACAGACAGACGCACAGGUCAAACCCACGAAGAAGAAGAAGACUUAAAUGAAUAGUCUUUAGUGCAAAUUAUUUAAUUUAAAUUUAAAGCACU